AAGCGGCACUGGCGGCGGCGGCGACCCCGGGAGCGGCGGCGGUGCCGCCAUGAAGCGGGACGUGCGGAUCCUGCUGCUGGGGGAGGCCCAGGUGGGGAAGACGUCCCUGAUCAUGGCUCUGGUGGGAGAGGAGUUCCCCGAGGAGGUGCCACCUCGUGCAGAAGAGAUCACGAUCCCGGCUGAUGUCACACCUGAGAAGGUCCCCACUCACAUUGUAGACUACUCAGAGACAGAGCAGACUGAGGAUGAGCUACAAGAGGAGAUUGCUAAGGCCAAUGUGGUCUGUGUGGUGUAUGAUGUCACCAAGGAAGCCACGAUUGAGAAGAUUCGCGCAAAAUGGAUCCCCAUGGUGAACGGGGGAGCUGAAAAGGGUGCCAGGAUCCCCAUUAUUUUAGUUGGAAACAAGUCUGACCUGCAGAUGGGGAGCUCCAUGGAAGUCAUCCUGCCCAUCAUGAACCAGUUCUCGGAGAUUGAGACCUGUGUGGAGUGCUCUGCCAAGAACCUCAAGAACAUCUCUGAGCUCUUUUACUACGCCCAGAAAGCUGUGCUGCAUCCCACUGCACCCCUCUAUGACCCGGAAGAGAAGCAGCUGAGACCUGCGUGUUCACGAGCGCUGACCCGGAUUUUCAACCUCUCAGACCAAGAUAAUAACCAGAUCCUCAGCGAUGAUGAACUCAACUACUUUCAGAAGUCCUGCUUUGGAAACCCUCUGGCUCCCCAGGCCUUGGAGGAUGUGAAGAUGGUUGUGUGGAAGAACACCACGGACGGAGUGCAGGACAACGGCCUGACGUUAAAUGGCUUCCUCUUCCUCAACACGCUCUUCAUCCAGAGGGGCCGCCAUGAGACCACAUGGACUAUCCUUCGCCGCUUUGGCUACGAUGACGAGCUGGAGCUGACAGAUGAUUACCUGUACCCACAGUUCCGCCUGCCUCCUGGCUGCUCCACGGAGCUCAACCACCUGGGCUACCAGUUCCUGCAGCGGCUCUUCGAGAAGCAUGACAAGGACCAGGAUGGAGCCCUCUGUCCUGCAGAGCUGCAGAACUUCUUCAGUGUCUUCCCCUGCAUGCCCUGGGGCCCUGAGCUCUACAACACGGUAUGCACCACUGAUAAAGGCCUGCUUUCCCUGCAUGGAUUUCUCUGCCAGUGGACCCUCGUAGCCUACCUGGAUGUGCAGCACUGCCUGGAGUGCCUCGGCUACCUGGGCUACCCCAUCCUGUCGGAGCAGGACUCCCAGACUCAGGCCCUCACAGUGACCAGGGAGAAGAGGAUUGACUUGGAGAAAGGCCAGACCCAGAGAAACGUCUUCCUAUGCAAGGUGCUGGGAGCCAGGGGCGCAGGCAAGUCUGCCUUCCUGCAGGCCUUCCUCGGCAGGAGCCUCGUGGUCCAGAGGGAGGACCCAGGAGAGCCAUCUCUCUACACGAUCAAUACCGUGCAGGUCAACGGCCAGGAAAAGUACCUCAUACUGCACGAGGUCAGUGCUGAGAUGCAGUUCACAAAGGCGUCGGACGCAGCCUGCGACGUUGCCUGCUUGAUCUAUGACCUGAGUGACCCCAAAUCCUUCAGUUACUGUGCCAGUAUUUAUAAGCAACACUACAUGGACAGCCAGAUCCCCUGCGUUUUUGUGGCCUCCAAGGCAGACCUGCCAGAAGCAAGCCAGCAGCCCGGGCUGUCCCCAGCUGAGUUCUGCUACAAGCACUGCCUCCCACCACCAUUCCUCUUCUCCUGCCACAGCCAGGGCCCGCCCAGCACUGCUGUCUACACCAAGCUGGCCACUGCUGCCACAUUCCCCCACCUGAAUGCUGUGGAGCUGGGAGCUGCGUCCUUCUGGCUCCGGGUGGCCCUGGGGGCUGCAGUCACUGCCCUGGUGGGCUUCACGCUGUACCGCGUGCUGGCCAAGAACAAGUGAGAGCUGCUCUGCGCCCCGUCCUUCCUGUGCCACCAGCUCCCUGUCCUGAACCAUGCCCCAUGAGGGCCCGCUGCUCCCUGGUGGGAAAUCCUCCUCCCCCAGCCUCAAUUGCAGGAUCAGAGAAGCCAGAGUUCCCAGCACCAGCAGGAUCGAUCCUUAGCACCAGCCAGCCUCGCCCCACUGGUCCCCAGGCACCUUGCCUGUGUGGCAGCUGGGGGGCUCCUCCCUGGAAGCCAAAGGGAUCACUCCCUUCUUUUAUUCUGUUAAUGAUUUUUUAACGUUUGUUUUUAUGUUCAAA